AUACACAAAGAUUACGACCAUUGAUCAAUACACUCUCACAAACAAGCAUUUUCUUCCACCACCCACUUGCUCUCUGCAUCCUUUUCUCUGAAAAACAAAGAAAAUGGGUGCUUCUCUUCUUCCAAAAAAGCCAGCUUUUCUCUUCUCAUUCAUCACUUUCUGUCUCAUUUUCCAGCCUGCCUUUUGCAUUACCAGGCACUACAAGUUUGAUAUCAAGUUGCAAAAUGUAACUCGCUUGUGCCACAGCAAGACAAUGGUAACUGUAAAUGGGAAGUUUCCUGGACCUCGAAUUGUAGCUAGAGAAGGUGACCAACUUCUCAUAAAAGUGGUGAACCAUGUCCAAAACAACAUCUCUCUUCAUUGGCAUGGAAUUAGGCAGCUUCAAAGUGGGUGGGCUGAUGGACCAGCAUAUAUAACUCAAUGCCCUAUUCAAACUGGGCAGAGCUAUGUUUACAAUUAUACAAUAAUUGGGCAAAGAGGCACGCUUUGGUGGCAUGCUCAUAUUUCUUGGCUAAGAUCUACAGUCUAUGGUCCUAUUAUAAUUCUACCAAAGCUUGGUGUCCCUUACCCAUUUGCUAAGCCUUACAAGGAAGUCCCCAUCAUUUUUGGAGAGUGGUUUAAUGCAGACACUGAAGCAAUCAUUAAGCAGGCCUUACAAACAGGUGGAGGCCCAAAUGUUUCUGAGGCCUACACAAUCAAUGGGCUUCCAGGCCCAUUAUACAAUUGCUCUGCCAAUGAUACAUUUAAGCUAAAAGUGAAGCCUGGCAAGACAUACAUGCUCCGAAUGAUCAACGCUGCGCUCAACGACGAGCUCUUCUUCAGUAUAGCAAACCACACACUCAUAGUCGUUGAUGUUGAUGCUGUUUAUGUUAAACCUUUUGAAACUGAGAUUUUGCUGAUUGCACCAGGACAAACCACUAAUGUUCUUCUUAAAACCAAACCCAAUUUCCCUAAUGCCACAUUUUUUAUGACUGCUAGACCUUAUGUGACUGGGCUAGGCACUUUUGACAAUUCUACUGUGGCAGCCAUUUUAGAAUAUGAACCAUCAUCAUCAAGAACAAUCCAUUCAAGCCUUUCUAUUAAAAAGCUUCCACUCUAUAAGCCAGCUCUGCCUCCUCUCAAUGACACUGCCUAUGCCACCAACUUCACAAAUAAACUCCGUAGCUUGGCAAGUGCACAAUUCCCAGCCAAUGUGCCUCAAAAAGUUGACAGGCAAUUUUUUUUCACAGUAGGCCUAGGAACCAAUCCUUGCCCAGCUAACCAAACCUGCCAGGGUCCAAAUGGAACCAUGUUUUCUGCUACAGUUAACAAUAUGUCCUUUACAAUGCCAACCACAGCUUUACUCCAAUCACACUUUUUUGGCCAAUCAAAAGGUGUUUACACUCCUGAUUUUCCAGUUAAUCCAAUAAUACCCUUUAACUAUACUGGUAACCCACCAAAUAAUACCAUGGUCAGCAAUGGCACCAAGCUAGUAGUUCUUCCUUUUAACACUAGUGUGGAGCUAAUCAUGCAGGACACUAGCAUUCUUGGUGCUGAGAGUCACCCUCUUCACUUGCAUGGAUUCAAUUUCUUCGUUGUCGGUCAAGGUUUUGGGAAUUUUGAUCCGAAUAAAGACCCUGCAAAGUUCAAUCUUGUUGAUCCUGUUGAGAGGAACACUGUAGGUGUCCCCUCUGGUGGGUGGGUUGCAAUAAGGUUCCUUGCUGAUAACCCAGGAGUAUGGUUCAUGCAUUGCCAUCUGGAAGUGCAUACAAGCUGGGGAUUGAAAAUGGCUUGGGUUGUUUUGGAUGGAAAGCUUCCCAAUCAGAAGUUGCAUCCUCCACCAGCUGAUCUUCCCAAGUGUUGACAUUUGAGCUACCCAUGAAUUUUAUCUUCUAACUGCUCAUGAUAUUUUCCCCUUCUGUUUUUAUUUUUUUAACCCAGUUUUUAUAUUCUUUGGCACUUUUGUCAUUGUUUUACCUUGAAGCAAAUUAUUGUUCAAUAACUAUUUUCAUUACCAUUUACCCAUGUGGAGUUGACGAAAGAAAUGGACAAUUUUUGUAACAUAAUAUGUAUUGUGAGACAUCUGAAUAAUAUAUUAGAUUGUUCUUUUC